AUGAUCAGACGUACAAUUUUAAAAGAAUCAACUGUACUGAUAUCUUUAUUAGGCGAAGAACGAAAUGAGUUGAACGAGGGGCCACAUUGGGAUGAAAAAAACAGAAUGCUGUAUUUUGUUGAUAUACAUUCUAGUAGUUUGUUGCGAUAUAAUCCAGAGAAUAAAAAGUUCUACAGAGGAAAAUUGAAUGGAACCAAAAGUGUGGGUUUCGCAAUACCCGUGAAUGGUACAAAUAACCAGUUCGUUGUGGGCGCAGAUCUGGAUUUAUUGCUUGUGCAGUGGGAUGGAUCUUCCCCGGACAUUAAGACCGUCCGAACACUCGUCAAGAUUGACGACAGAAAAGCUGGGACAAGGUACGAUGAGAUAUUGUUGUCUCUAGGAUCGGAUUUAACGAAGCAGAUAUUGCUCGAACACGUCGGAUUAUCCAACGGAAUUGCUUGGAACAGGGAAUUGGGGAAAAUGUAUCACUGCGAUUCUACUAAACACACAGUAACUCAAUACGACUAUGAUGAAAAGACUGGAAUGAUAAGAAACCCAGUUGUAUUAAUAAAUAUUUCUGAUGAAAAAUAUAAACUUCCAGAAAGUGCAGUGCCUGAUGGAAUGACAAUAGACACUGAGGGUAUUUUAUAUAUUGCUGUGCACGGUGGAGGAAGAGUUUUACAAUUUGAUCCAAUCAAGAAGGAAAUUAUACACGAGAUUAUGAUACCCGCACCUCAAGUGACUUCAGUGGCAUUUGGUGGCAAAGACAUGAACAUUCUAUUUGUAACAACGGCUGCUGAAGCAACCAAUGGUAAACCAGUUAAAGACAAAAAUGCUGGCAGAUUAUACACAGUUAAAGGUUUAAAAGCAAAAGGCCACAAGGCAAACAUGUUUGUUUUAGACCAAAAAUACUUAAAUUAA